CGGGUCCCGCUGUCGGCGUUCCGGCGCGGGGUUGAGUCUGGGAGGCGUUGCCUCUCGUUUUCUCUGCGGACUCUUUAUAGCUGGACCUUGCAGAUAUGUCGGGGUUCAGCCCAGAAUUAAUCGACUACCUGGAAGGGAAGAUCUCCUUUGAGGAGUUCGAAAGGCGGAGAGAAGAGAGGAAAACCCGCGAGAAGAAAAAUCUUCAAGAAAAAGGAAAGCCAUCAGCUGAGGAAAACCCAAAUGACUCUGAAGUUCCAUCAUCGUCAGGAAUUGGCUCUACCAAAUCCCAGGACAAAGAUGCCAAUGAAGGAGAAACAUCAGAUGGAGUUAGUAAGUCGGUUCACAAGGUCUUUGCUUUUAUGCUGGGAGAGAAUGAAGAGGAGGAGGAGGAGGAAGAGGAGGAGGAGGAGGAGGAGGAGGAGGAGGCGUCUGAGCAGCCCACCGCAGGCGAUGUGUUUGUGCUGGAGAUGGUUCUCAAUCGGGAGACCAAGAAAAUGAUGAAAGAGAAAAGGCCUCGGAGUAAACUUCCCAGAGCUCUGAGAGGUCUCAUGGGCGAAGCCAACAUUCGCUUUGCUCGAGGAGAACAUGAAGAGGCGAUUUUGAUGUGCAUGGAAAUCAUAAGACAAGCUCCCCUGGCUUAUGAGCCAUUCUCUACUCUUGCCAUGAUAUAUGAGGACCAAGGUGACAUGGAGAAAUCACUGCAGUUUGAGUUAAUUGCUGCACAUUUAAACCCUAGUGACACUGAAGAAUGGGUUAGAUUGGCAGAAAUGUCUCUGGAACAAGACAAUAUUAAGCAGGCUAUUUUUUGCUACACAAAAGCUCUUAAAUAUGAACCUACUAAUGUUCGCUACCUAUGGGAACGAUCAAGCCUUUAUGAACAGAUGGGAGAUCAUAAAAUGGCAAUGGAUGGUUAUAGGCGUAUUUUAAACCUUUUGUCUCCGUCUGAUGGAGACCGAUUUAUGCAGUUGGCUAGAGAUAUGGCAAAGAGUUACUAUGAAGCCAAUGAUGUAACUUCAGCUAUUAACAUAAUUGAAGAAGCUUUCUCAAAACACCAGGGCCUAGUCUCCAUGGAAGAUGUUAAUAUAGCAGCUGAACUGUACAUUUCUAACAAACAAUACGACAAAGCUUUGGAGGUAAUUAUGGAUUUUUCUGGAGUCAUGCUAGAAAAGAAAACCACAGAAGAAGGCACUUCAGAGGAGAAUAAAGCUGGUGAGAGUGUUACCUGCACUAUACCUGAUGGCGUGCCAAUAGAUAUCACGGUGAAGCUGAUGGUCUGCCUCGUUCAUCUCAACAUCCUCGAACCACUUAAUCCUCUCUUGACGACACUAGUGGAGCAGAACCCUGAGGAUAUGGGAGACCUCUACCUAGACGUGGCCGAAGCUUUCCUGGAUGUUGGUGAAUAUGGCUCUGCGCUUCCUCUCCUCAGCGCUCUAGUCUGCUCCGAAAGAUAUAACCUCGCAGUCGUUUGGCUUCGGCAUGCAGAAUGCCUAAAGGCCUUGGGCUAUAUGGAGCGUGCUGCCGAAAGCUAUGGCAAAGUGGUUGAUCUGGCCCCCCUCCAUCUGGAUGCAAGAAUUUCACUGUCCACCCUGCAGCAGCAACUGGGCCGUCCUGAGAAAGCUCUGGAAGCUCUGGAACCAAUGUAUGAUCCAGAUACUUUAGCGCAAGAUGCAAACGCUGCGCAGCAGGAACUGAAGUUACUGCUUCAUCGUUCUACUCUAUUGUUUUCACAAGGCAAAAUGUAUGGUUAUGUGGAUACCCUGCUUACCAUGUUAGCCAUGCUUUUAAAGGUAGCAAUGAAUAGAGCCCAAGUCUGUCUGAUAUCCAGUUCCAAAUCUGGAGAGAGGCACCUCUACCUUAUUAAAGUGUCAAGAGACAAAAUAUCAGACAACAACGACCAGGAGACCUCAAAUUGUGAUACAAAAGCAAUAUUUGCUGUACUCACGAGUGUCAUGACAAAAGAUGAGUGGUGGAACCUUCUGUUGAAAGCCAUAUACUCCUUAUGUGACCUGUCCCGAUUUCAGGAGGCUGAGUUACUUGUGGAUUCUGCAUUGGAAUAUUGUCCAUUUUAUGAUGACAGACAAAAACGCAAAGAACUAGAAUAUUUUGGUCUCUCUGCUGCAAUUCUGGACAAAAAUUUCAGAAAGGCAUACAACUAUAUCAGGAUAAUGGUAAUGGAGAAUGUCAAUAAACCCCACCUCUGGAACAUGUUCAAUCAAGUUACCAUGCACUCUCAGGAUGUGCGACAUCAUCGCUUCUGUCUCCGCUUAAUGCUGAAAAACCCAGAUAACCAUGCCCUGUGUGUCUUAAACGGGCACAAUGCAUUCGUAUCUGGCAGUUUUAAACAUGCCCUUGGCCAGUAUGUGCAAGCCUUUCGCACCCAUCCCCACGAGCCUCUCUAUAGCCUCUGUAUAGGCCUCACCUUUAUUCACAUGGCAUCGCAGAAGUACGUGUUAAGGCGACAUGCUCUUAUUGUGCAGGGCUUUUCCUUUCUUAAUAGAUACCUCAGUCUACGUGGGCCUUGCCAGGAAUCGUUCUACAAUUUAGGUCGUGGCCUUCACCAACUGGGCCUGAGUCACCUUGCAAUCCAUUAUUAUCAGAAGGCCCUGGAGCUCCCUCCACUGGUGGUAGAGGGUAUAGAAGUUGACCAGGUAGACUUACGAAGAGAUAUUGCGUACAACUUGUCUCUCAUUUAUCAGAGCAGUGGGAAUAUUAGAAUGGCCCAGAAGCUUCUGUAUACCUACUGUUCUGUGUGAGGCACCUCAGCCGGGAAAGGGGUAUUGGUAGCUGCUGUGCGCGGAUCUGUAUUUUCUGUCUCAAGGCUUUUUAUUAACCCCAAGAUAGUAAUGAUAAUUUUAGAAUUAUUUAACAUGUGUUUUGUAUUAACAUAUCAUAAUGAUCUUUUGGUAGAUAUGUAAAAAUGAUCAUUUCUAAAAGAAUUUGUAUAUUAUUCUGUCAUUUUCCUUUAGCAUUUUUUUAGUACAAUUGUCCCCAAAGCUGAAAUGGACUGAAGUAACCUUUGAGUUGCCUUGGAAUUGAAAACACUAACUUUUCACUCAUACUGUUUAUUCAGCUGUGCAUGUGUUAAACACCUUCUCUCUACCAGGCACUGUGACAGGUGCUUGGAAUACAGAGUGAGACAGAUGUGACCCUCAAUACAAUUCCUUAAACACAGAACUUGAGCAUGUUUAUUUGAAAGAAAUGUUUGUUACAUUUCUACAUACGUUGUCAUUGUCAGUCAUUCAUUUCUUAGUGCCCUGUUACUAUGGCAAAAGAGGUUGCUUAUUAAAGGAAAGACAAAUUGGGAAUUUUUCUGAUGUCAACACAAUUAUGUAAUUCACUUAUCUGUAACAAAAUUAUUUAAAAUGGUUAAGUGGUAGGAAGACAGAUAAUUGAGUUAAUUUUUUCUUUUCAUCUGUGUCUAUCUUAGCUACAUAGACUGAGACCUGGGAGGCUGGGCUUAAUUCAGAACAUUGUGUUCCGAGGCAAAUUAAAAAAAUGCAUUACUAGUGUUUGACAGUAGCUUUCUGACAAAAAAAAAAAAGAAAAAGAAAUGAGAGAACGAUGUUCAUUAAUGGAACCUGGUUUUCAUUUCAAGAUUACUCGGGAUGUAGGAAGGCUGGUAAUUGUAUAUGUGGAAUAAAGUGUUGUUGAUAAAGUAAAAAAAGAAAUAGAUGAAAACCUUUAUCUUAUCUCAAGUAUUGUAUGUUCUUGAAUCUAAGAUAAUAAUGCCUGUUAGAUAUACUAUUGGUUUAAAACAGCAUUUCAGAGUUUCUUUUUAGGGGAAAGUAAAUGCUGUAAAUAUGCAUGUGGAUUGUAAAACCUAGUCCAAUUGUGGGAGGAAAUAAGUAUGAGACAGGAUCAAAAAAAUACAGUGGGGGCUUUUUAGGGAUUCUUACCACUGUUUACACUGUGUACAUAACUUUGUGGUUGAGAAGCAGGAUUUGUAUGUAAUAAGUAAAUUUAUUGUCCCUCUGGCUAUAUGUGUGUAUGUAUAUGUAUAUAUAAUUUAAAUAAAGUUUAUUUUUAUAAUUAAAGUGAA